AUGUCUGUUGCCCUCGCUGCUAAUAGUAUUGCUGAUCAAAUUGCUGAUAUAUUUCCAACAGAAGUAAAAGAUUCAUAUUUUUUAAAAUAUGAUACAAACAAAAAUCCAAAGGGUAAGCUGUAUGCUAAAUAUUACAACUCUAUGCGAACUUUGAAAAACAGUGGUCUAAUACCCUCUAGCAAUCAUACAAAACGACCAACCAAUCCAAUUAAUCGUAAACACGAUUUACAUUUUGAACCAGAAAAUGAUGUACAGUAUAUUCUUGAACAAAUUAAACACGAUAAUAAUUGUUCUUUCCCUGACUUAGAAUAUAAAUGGAAAGCAACAACACAGUUCCGUUUAAAAAGUAUUCAAACUUCAACCUCUACUCAUGAUAUACUUAACAACUGGAGCAACUAUAAAUUACCUUUAGGAUACAGACUUUAUUUUAAUUUAAAAAUAUUAAAUAUAGUAAUUUGCUAUAGGUCUACAUUAUUUAUAACUUAA